AUGCCUGGAAUUCCCGUCCCCUUUAGCGAUAUCGCUAAGCCCGCCAACGAUCUCCUCAACAAGGACUUCUACCACACCACCGCUGCCAAUCUCGAGGUCAAGUCCAAGGCACCGAAUGGCGUUGUUUUCAACGUCAAGGGCAAAUCCGCGCACGAUGGACCUAUCUCUGGCUCGGUGAGCACCAUGAUAACAAGAGACAGCUUGAGAAUAUCACAUGUUAACGGCAGCGGAAAGAUUGAAGGAAAAUACACCGACAAGGCAACUGGCCUCACCCUGACCCAAACCUGGACCACCUCCAACAGCCUAGACACCAAGCUCGAACUGGAAGACAACAUCACCAAAGGUCUCAAGGCCGAGGUCCUGACAAACUACCUCCCCGCGAAAGCCACCUACGGCGGCAAGCUCAACCUUUUCUACAAGCAGCCCAACAUCCACACCCGCCUGUUCACAGAUGUGUUCAAGGGUCCCACCGCCUCGUUCGAUGUUACUUUGGGCCAUGAAGGUUUCUUGAUUGGUGCCGAGGGAGGGUAUGAUGUGGGCAAGGCUGCCAUCACAAAAUACGCCCUUGCAGCAGGAUACUCGCAGGGCUCUUAUGCCGCUGCGUUGACGGCCACCAACAACUUGACCGUCUUCAGCGCGAGCUACUAUCACAAGGUCAACACUGAGGUCGAGGCCGGUGCCAAGGCUACCUGGGAUAGCACGCAAGGAAGCAAUGUCGGCUUGGAGGUUGCGACAAAGUACAAGCUUGAUCCCAGCUCCUUUGCAAAGGCCAAAAUCAACGACCGCGGUAUCGCCGCUUUGGCGUACAACGUCAAGCUCGGCACUGGCGUGACCCUUGGAUUGGGCGCCUCUUUGGAUACGCAGAACCUCAACCAGGCCGCGCACAAGGUUGGAGCAAGCUUCACCUUUGAGGGAUAA